AUGCCAUCAACCGGCCCUCGUUCGUUGAAACAGCCAUCAGUGGUUCGAUGUCGUCACCCUCGUUCACGACGGCAUCGGCCAUCGAAGUAUCAGAGUAAGAGAUCAGUGCUGCAACCGAUUCAUAUCGUCCGUGGCACGUUAAAUUCAUCAACUGAAAUCAUUCCUAUAGCUGACGAGAAGUCUACAAAUACUUCACAAUACAAUUCUAUUCGCCAGGAAAUACCAAGGAGUGCACAAUUAAGUCCAUUUCAACCCAAAACAUCGUCAAUUUUACAUGCAAGGAAAAUAGCUGAUCGAAAAAUUCAUGUCGAUCCAUUGUAUUUCAAUAGUGAUCUUCACUCACAUGUAUCAUCCUGUAAUGGUAGUUAUGCAGAAAAACGCGAUCUUUUAGCAACGGUACCGGCGUCCAUUUCUAGUUCUACAAGCACCGCAACCGUCAGUUCGACAACAACUACUACAGCAACAAUAUGUAACUCAUCGUGUGUUAAUCAAACAUGGCUUUCGUCAUCCGAUCUUCUUGCUAAAUGGACUUUCAAUGGAACGUUUCUCGACGAAACGGCUACCUAUUCCGCUAUGCCCGUCAAUAGCCCAUCAUUUAUUUCCAGUGGUUACGUAUACCAGUCUCUAUCAUUGUCGGCAGCGUCAAGUCAAUUUAUCUAUUCUCCAUACAUUCCAUUGCUUAAUAGUAGUUUUACAAUCGAAGUUUGGCUUUACCCAACCGGAUACCCGAAUUCAAUUGAUCAUAGCAUUCUAGGUUUAUGCACAUAUCCAGGAAGUGAUUAUUGUCUCCAUAUAACAAUUCGAGAGAGUAAUAUUACACAUAUACAUAGUUUGUAUAUGUCUUUCUUUGGUGAUACCUGUGAAACUUCCGUUUCCGUCCCAUUGAAUACAUGGACCCAUGCUGCAUUUGUUUUUGAUAUUAACAUACUUGAAAUGUCAAUCUACUUGGACGGUUAUCUUAUUGGAGCUGCAAUAUCGGCAAUACCACUUCAAGGUACUACCAAUCCUGUUACAAUAGGGUAUAUUCCUGGCAUCGUGACAACGUAUGGGAGUAACUAUUAUCAGGGCUAUAUGGAUCAGUUAACAAUUGUCUCUCGUGUCAAAUCAGAAUGUGAAAUACUCGACGAUGCUUCAUUAGUAACAUAUUAUACUUUUGAUAAUAGUCCUGUAUACGAUGAUUCUGGGCCGAACUCACUAACAAGUACUUAUUUGGCUACCUCCUUUGCUCUGGCCGGACAUUCCGGUAAAGCUAUCAGCUUCAACGAUUCAACGGCUUACUUACAGAUCAGUGGUUUGACAGCGCUUGGCACAAAUAAUAAAGCAUUCUCCAUUUCCUUAUGGAUACGACCCUAUGCAUUGUCAGGAACACUCGUUUUUGUUUCCAGUAGCCCAUCGGGCACCGGUUGGUGUAUAUCUAUGCUAGGUUUUGCUGUAAAUGGUUCGAUAGUCGCACAGAUCUUAAGUAGUUCUGCAGAAUCUGUUUUUGGUCCAGCAGUACCAGUCUCUUCGACAUGGCAUCAUAUCGUACAGAUAUGGAGUUCAACCAAUGGACUUCAACUAUAUAUCGAUAAUGUUCUAGUAGCUUCUCGACCUUCUGUCAUCACAUAUUCCGCGAGCUCAGCUUCAAACUAUGUCCGGCUAGCUAAUCGACCAAACAAUGCAUGUCUUUACGGUGGUAUCGGCCUUCAAAAUGCAUAUUCUGGUGAAAUCGAUGAUUUCAAGAUUUACAGUCGGGAGCUUAGUAAAGACGAUGUUUGUGCACUUUAUAGGAGUUAA